CGCGGCGGCCAUUUUCCCGCUGGACGCUGCUUCCCCAUUGUGGAAACGAAGAAGAAAAUAAGAGACAAGCCAAACAUUACUCGCCACUUCUACUCACUUUUCCCCCCAGGUGAUCUUUAGUAGCCAUGGCCCGUACCAAGCAGACCGCCCGUAAGUCCACUGGAGGCAAAGCCCCCCGUAAGCAGCUGGCCACAAAGGCUGCCCGUAAGAGCGCCCCCUCCACCGGUGGAGUCAAGAAGCCCCAUCGUUACAGGCCCGGUACCGUGGCUCUGCGUGAGAUCCGUCGUUACCAGAAGUCCACUGAGCUGCUGAUCCGCAAACUGCCCUUCCAGCGUCUGGUGAGAGAAAUCGCCCAGGACUUCAAGACCGAUCUGCGUUUCCAGAGUGCUGCCAUCGGAGCUCUGCAGGAGGCCAGCGAGGCCUACCUGGUGGGUCUGUUUGAGGACACCAACCUGUGC